AUCCAUCAUGGCGUCACGCAGGUAAACGCAAUCCUACCCGCAAUCCUAGAGUGGGGGUCUUGCGUUGGCCUAGAGCAAUAAAAAAGGCCUUUAGGUACAUUCAUCCACCAGCUCCUCAUCCAUUAGGAACGAUGACAGUGUACAAUUUGUACAUCUUCAAUAAAAGAGGUGCCCUUUUAUAUUAUGGAGAAUGGAAUAGAUGGAAGCAUUCUGGCAUCUCGCAGGAAGAGGAGGCAAAGCUGAUGUAUGGAUCUCUGUUCUCCCUGAAGUCUUUUGUCUCCAAGAUAUCACCUUGGGAUCUGAAGGAGGGGUUUCAGUGCUACAAAACCAACAAGUACAAACUAACAAUGUUUGAAACUCCUACUGGCCUCAAGUUCAUCAUGAACACAGAUGUCAAUGCACCAAAUGUGCGGGAGCUCCUUCAGAUCAUCUAUGCCCAGGUGUUUGUGGAAUAUGUGGUGAAGAACCCCCUAUGCAGCACACAGGAACCCAUCAUCAGUGAACUAUUCAAGUCCAAGUUGGAUGAAGUGGUAAAAACAUCACCUGCAUCUGUAUCCAAAGGAUGAAAGCAGCCAACUAGAUCAGGCACAAUCCUCUGAUCUGGCCACAUGUCUUUGUUUCAUCAUAGUGCGCAUAUCAUUCCUAUCCUCUAUGGUGUGGAACAGGAAGAUUGUCUCACUUCCUUCAAAUGCUUUUGCUUAUUCUAGAGUAUCCUGUCAAGACAUCAAGGAUGUUGCUUACAAGCUUGAGAUUUCUAUUGUUCUUGGGUUAUGAUGAAAUUGAGUGCACUUUGCCACUUACAUCAUAUUGAAGCCAUGUUGUUGAAGGAAUGAAGACCCUCAGAUAAUGACUUCCUAAUGAAUUUGCUAGCACUUCCUGAGAAUCAUAGAACUGCACAUUUUUGCUGUUAUUCCCAUACUGAAUGCAUAUACAUUACAAUUCUGACUCAAACAUUCACCCCUCAUGGGCCAGAGGUUGACAGACUCAAAUGAAUAUUUGCAAUCAUAAGUAGGAAUGUGACCUUGUGAAUACAAUGUUGCAGGAGUAAACAUACUCUGGACUGAAAAGGAAACAAUUUUUAACAAUUUUGUAACUUUUCCUUAACCAUUUGGCUGUUUGCCCGAGUACAUACUCGGGCUUAUGCAGUGGUAGCAUGGGUAUGCUCUCAGGCUCAGAACAUUCACUGUUUCUACAGGGUGUCCCAUAAAUCAGGACCCGUAGGGAUUUCUAGGGAGCAUUUUCCACCUUAAAGCAUGCAUUGUGGAGGCGUGUCAAGAAAUUUCUGCGACUGUGAUUCAGAAAGUGUGGUUGCAGUGGAGAUUGCGUCUUCAACUAUGUGUGCGACAAAACGGCGGACAAUUUGAACAAUUAUGUAAUACAUUUUUGGACUAUUUUGUAAUUUUAUUAAAUUUUUUUCCCUGUGGGUCCUGACUUACGGGACACCCUGUAGGUCACUUCACAGCUAUUUAUGCAUGUAACUGCCACCUUCAAUAGUUAUCAUGGUAUGAAAUUAUCUUACAUAAACUAUUGUUUUUGAACAAAAAAGCAGGGCCAAUUUUCAUACAAAAACCUAUCAGCCAUCCCCAGUGUUAUAACAAAGGGUUCAUGCUGCUAGGCUGAACUUUCUUAUUAUGAGG